GUAUAUUUGAUGGCGACUGCGACGGUUGCUUUACUCACAAGAAACGCGCGUAUGUCGAAAAUUGUAGCGCGUACGUAUAUCGGUGUGUAAAAAUUGCUUUUAAAUUGUGGUAAAAAUUACACACUUAACAAUUGUGUAGAAAUUUAGAAUUUGCGUGUUGUAUUAUUGUUAGAAAAAUCUAUAUAUUUAUAUACAUACAACAAAAAUAAUAAUAAAGUCACAGCUACAACAAAUCAAAGCAAAUUGAUAAGCUACACAACAACAAUAAGGAUACAGCGACAACAACAACUGCAAAAUACACAAUUUGGGAUAUCUCCGCAUAACAACAACAAGCACAAUUCAUUGGAAUUGUUUUGGAUAUUAGCUACACAAACAACAAUAAAAACAAAACAAGAAACUAAAUUCUCGCUGUUUGACAGAGCGACAAACCGACCAAUAAUAACAACAACUGAACGUUAUACAAAACAAAUCAAUAUACACCAACACUGAAUCUGUAACUAAGAUAAAUUGGCAAAUUCAAAAUGCCAACUGAACUGAAUUCGCAGCAACAACAAAAGCAACAAUAAACUGACAUCUGGAGAAGCCGCGACACCGGCAAGUGGUGUUGAAGACAAUUUGCUGAGCAUGCAACGGAAACAAAAGCCAAGAGCAGCCGUCGAAGAAGCAGUAGCAGCAGCAGUAGCAGCAGCAGCAGCAUCAGCAGCCGCACCAGCAUCAAUAGCCGUUAAUAGAAUAAAGGAACAGACCUGCAGCAACUGCAGCAAUUGCAGCAGGACGACAAGCAACAGUAGCAGUAGUAAUAUCAGGAUUAGCAGGAGGAGCAGGCCCAGCAAUAGAAGGCCAAACACAAACUUCUCCAUUUCUCGAGCAGUGCAUCAUCAUUGGCUGCUUUGAGCAGCGGGGCGAACAGAACAGGACGUGUGAGCAGGACGAGACGGCCCCGGGCGUGUGUGCUGCGGUUGUGGUGUGUGUGCGUCGGCCGUCUCAGUCAACAACUUGAGGAGCAUAAACAAAAAUAGCAGCAGCAACAUCAUCAUCAUAAUUCACUCAUUGAUCUAAUUAUCAACAACAAUCAAGAACAAGCAAGCACUAUUAGAUAAAGGUACAUCAAGAACAAUGUCAUCCAACGAACCACCGCCACGUUAUGAGCCCACUGUGGAGCCCAUCAAUGGUAUCGUACAGCCGCCGGUUGUGCCGCCACAGGACCGACCGGGACGGAACACAAAUCAAUUGCAAUAUUUGAUUAAAACAGUCAUGAAGGUCAUUUGGAAACAUCAUUUCUCGUGGCCCUUUCAACAGCCGGUCGAUGCCAAGAAACUGAACCUGCCCGAUUAUCACAAGAUAAUCAAACAGCCAAUGGACAUGGGUACGAUUAAGAAGCGCUUGGAGAAUAACUACUAUUGGUCGGCGAAGGAGGCCAUUCACGACUUCAAUACCAUGUUCACCAAUUGCUAUGUGUACAAUAAGCCCGGCGAGGAUGUUGUUGUGAUGGCCCAAACCCUGGAGAAGGUCUUUCUGCAGAAGAUCGAAUCGAUGCCCAAGGAGGAGAUCGAGCUGGAGCCUGUCACGGCAAAGGGUGGCAAAAAGAAACAACGUGCACCAGCCACAUCCAAGGCCGCCAAUAGUAGUGCCAUCUCAUCGGGCAGCGGCGCUGGCAGUGGCGUUGGCAGCACUAGUGCGCCGGCAGCAACAGCGACCAGCACAUCGACAACAGCCGGUGGGAAGGCAGCGCAAUCCUCACAGCUGACCCAGAUGAGCGGCCUGUCCCAGUCAUCUGGAGCGGGCGUCUCGACGCCAACGUCAGCGGCCGCACAGGCGGCAGCAGCAGCGGCAGCCAUUCAAGCAGCAGCUGUUGCGGCCGCCGCAGCAGCAGCCAACGCCCGACCUGUCUCCGCCAUGGGCGGCACGGUUUCAUCAACAGCCGGAGGCGUUACACCGUCCAUACCACCGAUAAGCACAAUGCCGCCGCAUACGGUGCCAGGCAGCACGAACACAACGACCACUGCGGCGAUGGCAGCGGCAGCGGCUGCCGCAGCGGGGGCGGGGGCGGGGCCGGGCGCAACAAAUGCAGCUGUGCUUAAUGCGGCCAUGGCCAGUCUACUGAAUCCUGCGCAAAGCGGCGGCGGCAACAGCUACGGUGCAGCCGGCCAACAGACAUCGAUCAAUAACAGCUCCCUGCUCGACGCCAAUGCGGCGACAACAGCUGCGGCAGUCGCCCAAGCACAGGCGGCAGCAGCGGCCGCCGUCGCAGCAGCUGCCCUGGACGGAGCCGGCGGUGUGACAAUACCAUCGGCCGCUGUCAAUGCAGCCAAUGCGGUGCAAGCGUACGUGAAUAGUACGGCGGGCGUCGGUGUUGGGGUUGUGGAUGCCGUGAUACCCCCACAGCAGCCGGCCAAAAUGAAGAAGGGCGUCAAGCGGAAGGCGGACACAACGACGCCGACGGCGAAUGCCUUUGAAUCGCCUUACGCCCAAAUGGAUGCCAAGGCGGCCAAAAUAGCGACGCGGCGGGAAUCGAAUCGUCAGGUAAUUGGCAAAAAGGAUCUUACAUUCCAGGGCUCGGGCUAUCCAAUGUCACCGUUGGGUGUGGCUGGUGUGCCUGGUCUGGUUGCCGGCGGCGCCAUUGGGGGCGUUGCUGGUGCCAAGUCGAAGGAGAAACUAUCGGAUGCACUUAAAUCAUGCAAUGAGAUACUCAAGGAGCUAUUCUCCAAAAAGCACUCCGGCUAUGCCUGGCCCUUCUACAAGCCCGUCGAUGCUGAGCUGUUGGGGCUGCACGACUAUCACGAUAUCAUCAAGAAGCCCAUGGAUUUGGGCACCGUUAAGCGUAAAAUGGACAAUCGCGAAUAUAAGAGCGCGCCGGAAUUUGCGGCCGAUGUGCGAUUAAUAUUCACCAAUUGCUACAAAUACAAUCCGCCAGAUCAUGAUGUCGUUGCGAUGGGCCGCAAGCUGCAGGAUGUCUUCGAGAUGCGAUACGCGAAUAUACCCGAUGAGCCCGUUGCGAAUGCGGCGCAUCAUCAUCACGGCUAUUCGAGCACGUCAAAGCAUGAUGCAAGCGAUUCAUCAAGCGAGGAAUCGAGCGAUUCGGAAAACGAAUCGAAUUCGGAUGAGGAGCGCAGUGCCAAGCUGAAGAUGCUCGAAUCGAAGCUGCUCGGCCUGCAGGAGGAGAUACGUAAGCUGGUGGAGGAGGCGUCCGCUAAGAAGAAGGCUAAGAAAAAGCUGAAAGAGAAGAAGAAGAGCAUGGGCCAGGGCAGUGCCAGCGCAGCCGGUGGUGGCAGUGGUGCUGGCGGCGCCGGUGGCCAUCUUCAGCAUGCGGCCAGCACUGGCAAUGCCAGCCAUGGCGGCGUCACAUUACCCACCAAUGUGGCUGGACUGAAUGCUGGCGGUGCGGCGGGCGCCAAUUUGUCGGCCCUGUUGAACAGCUCGCUGGUGGGUGCCGGCGGAGUGGGCGUGGCAGGCGGAGUACCCGGUGCGACAACGCUGCAGCACGUCCACGACGUGGCCAUGGCGAUUAGCCAGCUGACGGGCGGCGGUGCCGCUGGCGGAGCGGGCUAUGCGGCCGGCGUCAAUUCAGCCGGCGUGGCGGCUGGCGGAGGCAAGGCGGCGGCCGGCGCACUAGCGGGCGCAUUGGCAGCUGGGGCGGCUGCCGGUGCCGGCAGUGCAGGCGGCGGCAGCGGAAGCGGUGGCAGUAAAGGUGCUAAGGUCAAGGGACAGCGCGGCGGCAAAGGCGGCGGAGGCGUUGCUGCUGGCAGUGCAGCGAGCGGUGCAGCUGCUGGUGCAGCUGGCAUUGGAGCGGGUGGCGCCUCUGCUGGCGGUGGCAGCGGUGCCGGCGGCGGUGGCAGCGGCGCCAGCAACAGUGCGAAACGCACCAAGAGCAGCAGCAACGCCAGCGCUGGAGCUGGCGCUAAUGCCGGUGGUGCCAGCGGCGGUGCCGGUGCCCGUGGCAGCAGCAAAAAGAAGCCCAGCCAGGUGAUGAACUUUGAUUCCGAGGAGGAGGACACUGCCAAGCCAAUGUCCUACGAUGAGAAGCGACAGCUCUCCCUUGACAUUAACAAGUUGCCAGGCGACAAGCUGGGACGUGUGGUACACAUUAUACAAAAUCGUGAGCCAUCGCUGCGCGACUCGAAUCCGGAUGAGAUUGAGAUCGAUUUCGAGACACUGAAGCCGUCGACGCUGCGCGAGCUUGAAAGCUAUGUGGCGUCGUGUUUGCGCAAAAAAACACGUAAGCCAUAUUAUAAAAAGCCUUCCGGUAAAUCUAAGGACGAGCAAAUGGCCGAAAAGAAACAAGAAUUGGAAAAACGGUUACAGGACGUAACUGGCCAAUUGGGCGCUAGCAAGAAAGCAGCCAAGAAAGAUGAGACAACGUCAAGCAAAGUCGAGACUGUGCAGCCAGCGAAUCCUGUCUCCUCUAGUUCAAGUUCCAGCGAUUCAUCGUCCUCGAGUUCGAGUGAUAGCAGUUCGAGUGACUCGAGCGACAGUGAAGCAGGCGAUGCUGACGAUCGACCACCGCGCAAGAAAAAAGCACGUGAUCCGCAAAGUAUGAUAGGCAGUAUGAUGACGGGUUUGCCAACGGCGCAACAGCAUCAGCAAAUGCAAAUGCAUCUGGAACAUGUGGAUCAGCUGCUGAACACCAUGCAGGAUGUCACCACGCCCACACAUCAAAUGAAUACCCUGUUGAGCAAUGCCAAUACGAUGGUCGCAGCGGCCAUGAUGAACAACAACAAUAAGACGGGGCCGAGUGGCGGCAGCUUCGAUCCGGGCAAUAUGUUGCAUUCGUCGGGCCAUCAUAAGAACGGGGUGGCCGCAAUGAAUACGACGGCGUCCGCUGCUGCUAGAAUACCGCCGCAUGGCUAUGGCGGAGCAGCGGCAGCUGGCGCUGCUGCGCAGGCGGCGGGCAGCGUGGGUGGCAUACGGAUAGCUAGCAAUCUGCACAAGCAGCCCGAGGCGAGCGAUCACCAUGCGGCGCUGGCAGCGGCGCUCGCUUCCACCGGCAACAAUAGUAGUAGCAAUGCCAACAAUAACAACAACAACAACAACAACAGCAAUGCGGCCAUGGGCGUUAACGAUGGCCUGUCGAGCGCCUCGCUAGCCGCCGGCCUCAAGCAAAUACCGCAAUUCGAUGAUCCCGUGGAGCAGUCGCUGGCCUCCUUGGAGUUUAGCGCCUCCUCCACGGGCAAGUCCUCACUCACGGAUAACUUUUUAAUGGCCCACCAGGCGCACCUGAUGCAGCAGCCGGGCGGCAAUCAGCAGCAGACGGCGCAACAGCAACAACAAUUCGCCCUGCAGCAGCAACAACAGCAGCAGCAACAGCAACAACAACAGCAGCAGCAGCAGCAACAGCAAAUGGACUACAUGACCGAGCUGCUGACGAAGAGCGUGGAGAACGUGGCCGGCAUGAAUGGCAACCAUUUGCUGAACAACAGCAUCUUCAAUCUGGACAUGGCCACGGCUGCCUACCAGCAGAAGCAGCACGGCCAUCAGACGCAACAGCAGCAACAGCAACAGCAGCAGCAACAGCAGGCGCACAACAAUGGCUACAAUGUGACCGACUUUAGUGGGAUGGCUGGCUUCGAUAAUCUCAAUAUGUCCUCGUCCAGCUUGCUGGAUCAUACGAUGCCAAUGGCCAUGAUGAUGGGCAAUGCGGGUGGUAAGCUGAAGGAUGGUGAUCAACAGCAGCAGCAGCAAUUGCAGCAGCAGCAACAGCAGCUCCACCAGCAGCAGCAACAGCUGCAGCAGCAGCAGCAGCAGCUGCAGCAGCAGUUGCAGCAACAACAGCUGCAACAACAACAACUUCAGCAGCAGCAGCAACACCAUCACCAACAGCAGCAGCAGCAGCAACACCACCAUCAACAGCCGCAGCAGCAACAACAUCAGGUCGGCAGUCAGGCGGCCAACAAAAUGCUAAUCAUACCGAAGCCCAUUGAAUCGAUGAUGCCCAGCCCGCCCGACAAGCAUCAGUUGCAGCAGCAGCAGCAGCAACAACAACAGCAGCAACAUCAGAAAGUGCUGCCACCACAGCAAUCGCCCUCCGAUCUGAAGAUGCACGGCGUUGGUGCACACGCCGGCUUCCCGGUGUUCAAGACUGUUGAACAGAAUCUAAAGAAUGCCAGCUCCUGGUCGUCGCUGGCAUCGGCCAGCUCGCCGCAGAACACGGCGACAACGUCGAGCAAGCCCAAGCCGGCCAUGGACUCGUUCCAGCAAUUCCGCAACAAAGCCAAAGAACGUGAUCGCCUCAAGCUGCUCGAAGCGGCCGAGAAGGAGAAGAAGCACCAGAAGGAAGCUGCCGAGAAGGAACAGCAGCAGCAGCGCAAGCAUCACAAGUCCUCCUCAUCCUCGUCGGCUGCGUCAGCUGCGGCGGCUGCUGCUGCUGCCGCUGCUGCGGCAGCCUCGGCAACACAGGCGGCGGCUGCUGCUGCGCUCGCCAAUGUGGCUGGCAAUCCAGCCAGUGUUGGCAGCAGCAACAGUAACAGCAACAACAACAAUAACAACGGCAACAACAACAGCAGCAACAACAAUGCCGGCAAUUCGGGCGCUCAGUCGGGCUCGCAGAGCAGCGGGGAACGCGAUCGGGCGAGCAGCAGUGCCACAGAUGCAUCGCGCAUCGGCAGCAGCAGCGGCGGCAACAACAGCAGCAACUCGGCCAACAGCAAUGGACCUGGCAGUGCCGGCAGCGGCAGCGGUGGUGCUGCUGGCGGUGGCGCCAAUAGCGGCGGCAGCGCCAGUGGCGGACAUUUGGCCAACACCGGCAGCAAUAGCAACAGCGGCGGCGGCAUCGGCAGCGGUGCGGCCAGCAGCAACAGCAACAGCAGCCUUGGCGGCAACAUUGGCACCGGCUCCAGCAGCCAGGGCGGCGGCAACAGCAGUGGUGCAGGCGGUGGCGGCGGCAGUGCGGCUAGCGGCAGCAACAGCAGCAAUCUGGGCAUUGGUGGUGGCGCCUCAAUUGGUGGCACUGCCUCCGGCAAUGGCCAUCAGUCCGCCAGCAGUGCCCAGGCUCAGCAUGCGGCAGCGGCGGCUGCAGCUGCAGCGGCAGCGGCACAAGCCACCGCAGCGGUCUCUGCCUCAGUGCUGGCUGCCUCACCACUGGGUGCCAUGGAAAGUGGACGGAAAAGCGUGCACGAUGUUCAGCCACAGAUAACGCGCAUGGACGACAUUAAGGCGUCGCCGGGUCAGGGACAUAAUUCGCCGGCGCAGCAAUCGCCGCAGGAUCGUGCGGCUGCCAAACGUGCGGAGCAGCGACGCGCCGAACAGGAAAGACGCAGACGCGAGGCGAUGGCUGGACAAAUUGAUAUGAACAUGCAGAGCGAUCUCAUGGCCGCCUUUGAGGAGACUCUGUAGGCAACGGCCGCGACGGCUGCGUCGUCGACAAGCAGAUCCCACAGCAAGUCCCACAGCGGUGGCCACAGAUUGCAUACACAUAGGCGGCGGUCGCAUCACCACAGAAAACAUCGUGAAUAAAACAAGAACAACAAAAACAACAACAACAAAUAUGACAACUAAUGGGAAAAAAGGACAACAUUAAAGCGUUGACAACAGCAAGGCUAGGCUGGCACAACAACAAACAACAACAGUAGCAACAACUAAAUUAAAUCAUAAGGAGUGCGCGUACAAGCAAAACACGGCAACAGCAACAACAACAACAACAACAACAUCGACAAUGUUAUAAUUGUUAAACAUAAGCAAUGUUCGAAGUAAUUAUAAUUAUGUUAAAUCAACUACAAUUACACACACAUGGAAUGCAUACCAUUACCAAUAUGUACAUAUGUAUGUAUGCAUUGUGUAUAGAUUCAAGCAGGCAAGCACACACGCACACACACACACACACGUUUAUACAGACAACACAAGAAUACACUAACAAAAAAAGGCAAAUUUCCUUUGGUUAUAAAACAAAAACAAAUUCACACAAAAAAAAAAAAUAAAUAAAUAA